AUGCCCGUCAAGCAAGUUACGGCCUACCACAAGCCCGAUGAGUUUAUCGGUGGCAGUGGUCCCAUUGAACCCGUGAAACGAUUUUCCGUCACGAAAAAAGCUCCCGCCACCAGCUCGGGUCUGGACAAGCCCGAUUUCUUUCUGGGCGGUUGUGAAGCUGCUACGGAACAAAAGAGUCGCAAAAUGAAGAUGCGUGCCAGCUGGGUCACUCCCAAGGGUGACGAACCGGAACACUCGUUGGAAUCCCUCAUGUCGCACAACACACCCAAGAAGGAUCAAAUGGGAGGAUCCGUGCCGGUCAUCAAGACAAAUUACAAUCUCCACCAUGACAGUGACGACGAGGAUGAAGACAAGACCAAGACAACGGCGGGAUCUUCUACGACGAGCUACCAGAAACCAGACGAUUUCUUGGGGGGCAGUGAACCUGGAAAGGCGGUGCGUCGUUGGUCUCGUCCCGCCGCACCCAAGGAAGAACCGGCCAAGAAAAAGUACGACAUCGAGUGGGAAAAGCCCGGUGAUUUCAUUGGUGGAUCCGAACCAAAGCCUGUCAAAAAGUGGACACCCCCUCCCAAAGAUGACGAUGACAAACCCGCAAAGAAGAAAUAUGAUAUUGAAUGGGACCAUCCAGAUCAAUUUCUGGGCGGAUCUGAGCCAAAGCCUAUCAAGAAAUGGACACCACCGCCCAAAGAUGAUGAUGACAAGCCGGCAAAGAAGAAGUACGACAUUGAAUGGGAUCACCCAGAUCAGUUCUUGGGUGGAUCAGAGCCAAAACCCAUCAAGAAAUGGACACCACCGCCCAAAGACGAUGAUGACAAGCCAGCAAAGAAGAAGUAUGACAUUGAAUGGGAUCAUCCAGACCAGUUCUUGGGUGGAUCAGAGCCAAAACCCACCAAGAAAUGGACGCCUCCGCCCAAGGAAGAUGACAAGCCUGUGGAAAAGAAAAAGUAUGACAUUGAGUGGGAUCAUCCUGAUCAAUUCUUGGGUGGCUCUGAGCCCAAACCCAUCAAGAAAUGGACUCCACCUCCCAAGGAUGAUGAUAAACCUGCAGAAAAGAGGAAGAGUGACAUUGUAAUUGAGGCUCCCAAUGAUUUCUUGGGCGGCAGUGAACCCAAGCCCAUCAAGAAGUGGACGCCACCCCCCAAGGACGAUGACAAGCCAGCAGAAAAGACUACGAGUCACAUCACAAUUGAGACUCCCAGUGAUUUCUUGGGUGGAUCUGAGCCCAAGCCCAUCAAAAAGUGGACUCCUCCACCAAAAGAACCCGAAGAACCAGCCAAGAAGAAGUACGAUAUCGAGUGGGAUCACCCGGAUCAAUUCUUGGGUGGCUCUGAGCCCAAACCCAUCAAGAAGUGGACACCACCACCAAAAGAGGAGGACAAGCCUGUGGAAAAGAAAAGGUAUGACAUUGAGUGGGAUCACCCGGAUCAAUUCCUGGGUGGAUCGGAACCAAAGCCCAUCAAGAGGUGGACUCCACCUCCCAAGCCCAAGGAAACUAAGAAAGACUAUGAUAUCAAGUGGGACAAACCUGGUGGCUUUUUGGGUGGCUGUGAUAUUCCCGAAGCCCGUAGGUGGAAACCAAUUCCCAAGGAGGAGCAAGUGCCAGCUCCGUGGGAAAUGGGAAAGGGCCGAAAACCCAGAACGGCUUCGAUCGGUCAUGGCAACAAGGCGGGACCAAACCGAAACAACGCCAGAGCCAGUUGGGUUGCGGAUACCAUUAAUCGUCACGUAGCUGCCGCCGCUGCCGAAGAAGAAGAAGAGCCGGAAAUGAGUCUCGACCAGCUGGCUAGUGAAGACAAGGAAGAAAAGAAGAAGGUUACCGGCGCUGCGAAAUGGGGCAUGAGUAUGCCUGCCAUGGGACAUGACAUUCACGACGACGACGAUGAGGAUUACAACGAGCACAUGUCCUACAAACAGCAUGUGAGCCACUUUCACAAGCCCAACGACUUUUUGGGAGGUUCGAUGCAACCCAAUGUGGAAACGGCUCCUCGCAAGGCCAAACUGAGGGCGAGUUGGGUGCAACCGAAAAACUAA